GAUGUUGAUGAGUGCAAGGAGAAGCUGGCCUGCCAAUGUCCUGAGUGCAAAUGCAAAAAAUCUGGGGCAGCUAUGAGUGCAGCUGUAGCGGCGGUUCGUUGUACAUGCGAGAGCAUGACAUGUGUAUCGGUAAGAAUGUUAGGACAGAGUUAAGCUGGGGCUCUGUUUGGGUAAUAAUUCUUGGAUUAAUUGCUGCUGGAGGUGCAGGAUAUGCCAUUUACAAAUAUCGAAUCCGGAGAUACAUGGAUUCGGAGUUUCGGGCUAUAAUGGCGCAAUACAUGCCAUUGGACAAUCAACCUGAUAACGUUCAUCAUCCAGACAUCUAAAACUAACACAAGAAACAUGCUUCCAAAAGCC